GCGCACCCUUGCCUCGGGCGCCUGCGCGGGAGGCCGCGUCACGUGACCCACCGCGGCCCCGCCCCGCGACGAGCUCCCGCCGGUCACGUGAUCCGCCUCUGCGCGCCCCCGGGCACGACCCCGGAGUCUCCGCGGGCGGCCAGGGCGCGCGUGCGCGGAGGUUCUCCUCGUCCGCCCGUUGUUCAGCGAGGGAGGCUCUGCGCGUGCCGCAGCUGACGCGGAAACUGAGGCACGGAGCGGGCCUGUAGGAGCUGUCCAGGCCAUCUCCAACCAUGGGAGUGAGGCACCCGCCCUGCUCCCGCCGGCUCCUGGCCGUCUGCGCCCUCGUGUCCUUGGCAACCGCUGCACUCCUGGGGCACAUCCUGCUCCAUGAUUUCCUGCUGGUUCCCCGAGAGCUGAGUGGCUCCUCCUCAGUCCUGGAGGAGACUCACCCAGCUCACCAGCAGGGAGCCAGCAGGCCAGGGCCCCGGGAUGCCCAGGCACACCCCGGCCGUCCCAGAGCAGUGCCCACACAGUGCGACGUCCCCCCCAACAGCCGCUUCGAUUGUGCCCCCGACAAGGCCAUCACCCAGGAACAGUGCGAGGCCCGCGGCUGCUGCUACAUCCCUGCAAAGCAGGGGCUGUGGGGAGCCCAGAUGGGGCAGCCCUGGUGCUUCUUCCCACCCAGCUACCCCAGCUACAAGCUGGAGAACCUGAGCUCCUCUGAAAUGGGCUACACGGCCACCCUGACCCGUACCACCCCCACCUUCUUCCCCAAGGACAUCCUGACCCUGCGGCUGGACGUGAUGAUGGAGACUGAGAACCGCCUCCACUUCACGAUCAAAGAUCCAGCUAACAGGCGCUACGAGGUGCCCUUGGAGACCCCGCGUGUCCACAGCCGGGCACCGUCCCCACUCUACAGCGUGGAGUUCUCCGAGGAGCCCUUCGGGGUGAUCGUGCGCCGGCAGCUGGACGGCCGCGUGCUGCUGAACACGACGGUGGCGCCCCUGUUCUUUGCGGACCAGUUCCUUCAGCUGUCCACCUCGCUGCCCUCGCAGUACAUCACAGGCCUCGCCGAGCACCUCAGUCCCCUGAUGCUCAGCACUAGCUGGACCAGGAUCACCCUGUGGAACCGGGACCUCGCGCCCACGCCUGGUGCGAACCUCUACGGGUCUCACCCUUUCUACCUGGCGCUGGAGGACGGCGGGUCGGCACACGGGGUGUUCCUGCUGAACAGCAAUGCCAUGGAUGUGGUCCUGCAGCCGAGCCCUGCCCUUAGCUGGAGGUCGACAGGUGGGAUCCUGGAUGUCUACAUCUUCCUGGGCCCAGAGCCCAAGAGCGUGGUGCAGCAGUACCUGGACGUUGUGGGAUACCCGUUCAUGCCGCCAUACUGGGGCCUGGGCUUCCACCUGUGCCGCUGGGGCUACUCCUCCACCGCUAUCACCCGCCAGGUGGUGGAGAACAUGACCAGGGCCCACUUCCCCCUGGACGUGCAGUGGAAUGACCUGGACUACAUGGACUCCCGGAGGGACUUCACGUUCAACAAGGAUGGCUUCCGGGACUUCCCGGCCAUGGUGCAGGAGCUGCACCACGGCGGCCGGCGCUACAUGAUGAUCGUGGAUCCUGCCAUCAGCAGCUCGGGCCCUGCCGGGAGCUACAGGCCCUACGACGAGGGUCUGCGGAGGGGGGUUUUCAUCACCAACGAGACCGGCCAGCCGCUGAUUGGGAAGGUAUGGCCCGGGUCCACUGCCUUCCCCGACUUCACCAACCCCACAACCCUGGCCUGGUGGGAGGACAUGGUGGCUGAGUUCCAUGACCAGGUGCCCUUCGACGGCAUGUGGCUUGACAUGAAUGAGCCUUCCAACUUCAUCAGGGGCUCUGAGGACGGCUGCCCCAACAAUGAGCUGGAGAACCCACCCUACGUGCCUGGGGUGGUUGGGGGGACCCUCCAGGCGGCCACCAUCUGUGCCUCCAGCCACCAGUUUCUCUCCACACACUACAACCUGCACAACCUCUACGGCCUGACCGAAGCCAUCGCCUCCCACAGGGCGCUGGUGAAGGCUCGGGGGACACGCCCAUUUGUGAUCUCCCGCUCGACCUUUGCUGGCCACGGCCGAUACGCCGGCCACUGGACAGGGGACGUGUGGAGCUCCUGGGAGCAGCUCGCCUCCUCCGUGCCAGAAAUCCUGCAGUUUAACCUGCUGGGGGUGCCUCUGGUCGGGGCCGACGUCUGCGGCUUCCUGGGCAACACCUCAGAGGAGCUGUGUGUGCGCUGGACCCAGCUGGGGGCCUUCUACCCCUUCAUGCGGAACCACAACGGCCUGCUCAAUCUGCCCCAGGAGCCAUACAGCUUCAGCGAGCCGGCCCAGCAGGCCAUGAGGAAGGCCCUCACCCUGCGCUACGCACUCCUCCCCCACCUCUACACGCUGUUCCACCAGGCCCACGUCGCCGGGGAGACCGUGGCCCGGCCCCUCUUCCUGGAGUUCCCCAAGGACUCUAGCACCUGGACUGUGGACCACCAGCUCCUGUGGGGGGAGGCCCUGCUCAUCACCCCAGUGCUCCAGGCCGGGAAGGCCGAAGUGACUGGCUACUUCCCCUUGGGCACAUGGUACGACCUGCAGACGGUGCCAAUAGAGGCCCUUGGCAGCCUCCCACCCCCACCUGCAGCUCCCCGUGAGCCAGCCAUCCACAGCGAGGGGCAGUGGGUGACGCUGCCGGCCCCCCUGGACACCAUCAACGUCCACCUCCGGGCUGGGUACAUCAUCCCCCUGCAGGGCCCUGGCCUCACAACCACAGAGUCCCGCCAGCAGCCCAUGGCCCUGGCUGUGGCCCUGACCACGGGUGGGGAGGCCCGAGGGGAGCUGUUUUGGGAUGAUGGAGAGAGCCUGGAAGUGCUGGAGCGAGGGGCCCACACACAGGUCAUCUUCCUGGCCAGGAACAACACGAUCGUGAAUGAGCUGGUACGUGUGACCAGUGAGGGAGCUGGCCUGCAGCUGCAGAAGGUGACUGUCCUGGGCGUGGCCACGGCGCCCCAGCAGGUCCUCUCCAACGGCGUCCCUGUCUCCAACUUCACCUACAGCCCUGACACCAAGGUCCUGGACAUCCGUGUCUCGCUGUUGAUGGGAGAGCAGUUUCUCGUCAGCUGGUCUUAGCCGGGCGGAGUGUGUUAGUCUCUCCAGAGGGAGGCUGGUUCCCCAGGGAAGCAGAGCCUGUGUGCGGGCAGCAGCUGUGUGCGGGCCUGGGGGUUGCGUGUGUCACCUGGAGCUGGGCACUAACCAUCCCAAGCCGCCGCAUCGCUUGUUUCCACCUCCUGGGCCGGGGCUCUGGCCCCCAACGUGUCUAGGAGAGCUUUCUCCCUGGAUCGCACUGUGGGCCGGGGCCCUGGAGGGCUGCUCUGUGUUAAUAGGAUUGUAAGGUUUGCCCUCCUCACCUGUUGCCAGCGUGCGGGUAGUGUUAGCCACCCCCCUCCAUCUGUUCCCAGCACCGGAGAAGGGGGUGCUCAGGUGGAGGUGUGGGGUAUGCACCUGAGCUCCUGCUUCGCGCCUGCUGCUCUGCCCCAACACGACCGCUGCCCGGCUGCCCAGAGGGCUGGAUGCCUGCUGGUCCCCGAGCAAGCCUGGGAACUCAGGAAAAUUCACAGGACUUGGGAGAUUCUAAAUCUUAAGUGCAAUUAUUUUUAAUAAAAGGGGCAUUUGGAAUCA